AUGCCGUGCAAUUCAGGUCAAGAUCUCGACAGCGCGCAGUGGGAUCUGUGCGAGUCUGAGGCCGGCGGAAGUAAAGCACAGCUGGGUCGGAGUAUCAACUUCGGCGCCAGUGCUGUGCUCGAUACACCCUCAGGUGGCCGACCGCAGCUCCCCGACAGAGCUUCUUCAGCGACACAAGGCAUCGAUCCCCUCACCCAGGCAGCACGCGACAACCUCAUUUCUGUAUUACCACAGAGACACCACUCUGAUCUCGUCUCUGACUCUCGGUUUCUGGCCAGCCCAGCCGGUUUCCCUCGUCCAGGAAGCUCAACAAAACUGACCACUCGACUCCCGCACGACAGCGUCAAGCAUCCAGGUUGCAAAAUUGCGCGUCUGCGAUCCCACUUCAACCUCAGAGCAGCCAACAGUGCACGCGUCUUGCGCUGGAUCGAGUGCUGCAUCAUGCCUCUUGGAAAGUAUACCCCUCCUGCUGAGGGCAUCCAUGUCACUGUCGAGAAUGGCAGCUUGCUUAUUGAGAAUAUUGGCUUGGAGAUCAACACCACGCCUCGUCCAUUCACAUCUCCUCCAGUCUUCGAUGCCGGAGCCUACCUCGACUGGCUCAUCAACGAAAUCGCGGGAAUAGCCGAGGAUGAUCUGAUCUACGACAUGAACGCCUUCCUAGGCGUCGCGCCCGUGAAUUUUCCCCCGAUUCACAGGCCUCUCACACCGGAUACACCGGGUCGUGGUCCAAUUGGACGUACAUUCCCCGGUUCCUCACCACCUCCCGCAAGCGCACAAAGCUCUGUAACUGCCACCUACAGACCUCGUGCAGCGUGUACUCCCCCGCCGGAGGCCACGUGA